AAACAAGUAGACUAGAACUAAGAAUAGAUUUCUAAAAUAUGAAAUGUUAUUAGAGCUAGAUCUAGUUUAUUCAUAUUUUCUAUUGACAUACCUUAAUUCAAUAUUUCAGAUAGUAAAAAGCCAGCAGAGUCAAGGCCAAGAGCGCCAUUCAACACAAGUAGUGGAAGACAUGUUUAUACACUAUACAGGAACUGUUGUGGAUCUGGCUAAAGUGAUGGAAGUCUAAGCUGUCUUGACUCGAGAAAACCUCCUUUGUGCUAUCUAUGAACUGUGUUGAGUACCUGGGGCGGCACUGGGAAGUGUGUCGUGAAUGGACUUGGCUUGGAGGUGAUAAUAAUGCAGAUCAAUUGACCGCUAAAGAUUAUCCAGGAGGACGCAGUGGUUCAACCAUAUGGGUACAAAGUGAAACAGUGUAUAUGUUUGGUGGGAAUGGCUUCUCUGAUAUUUCAACAGGUGUGCCUCGUGUACUAAAUGACUUUUGGCUGUAUGACAUAGCCACUGGGAAAUUCAAAUUGCUGCAUCCAGGAUCAUUCACAGCCAAUGCCACAGAUAGUGAGAUGAUAGAGAUACCCGAAGGCAGGCAUCUUGCUGCAUCAUGUAGCUAUAAUGAGACACUGUUCAUGUUUGGAGGCUUUGGUAUAGGUGGCAAAAGCCUAUCAGAUUCAUGGACAUAUGAUCUGAAACACAACAAAUGGACUAGAUUGUUGAACAUGAGCAGCGCACCUUCCAGCAGGGGUCAUUCGGGAGUCUGGUGUUAUAACUCUAGCUUAUAUCUAUUUGGCGGUCUUGGAGAUAAAAUUAUUUACAAUGACUUAUGGGUUUUCAAUAUGUUGUCCUUAAAAUGGGAAGAGGUUUAUGGGUUAAAAAACUUGACAGGACUGAUGGGUAAUUUAGUCUAUCCUAUGGGGAGAAAUGGAGCAUGCACAUGGGUCAGUAACAAUGUUUUCUACCUGUUCGGAGGAAAUAGUAAUCCUUUGUUUACCUACAUGUUGCAGCAGAGCACUGGAUUAAUGUCUGACUUAUGGAAGUAUUAUCCUGAAACAAAGGUCUGGUUCUAUGUCUCUGGCCCACUUUUCCCAGGUCAUAAAUCUGUCUUGAAUGGCAUAGGCACAACUGUUGAUUCUAACCUUCCUGGCAGUCGUAUCAGCUCAGCAUCUUGGACAGACUCACACGGUCACCUUUGGCUGUUUGGAGGGGCUGGUAAUGAUGAUAUGCAGCCUGAUGCUUACCACACUAGAUCUAGCAAAUUAUUGGCAGAUCUGUGGAGGUUCCAUGUCAAGGAGGAAGGCUGGGCUUUCAUGGGAGGAAGCAAAUCUGGAGACAUUCAGGGAAAGUAUGACAAGCUGGAUGCCAAGAAACACACAAGCCAUCCUGGAGCUCGCACUGAGAUGAUGGUGUGGAAAUUGAAGCCUAACAGAGCUGUUAUAUUUGGCGGAGUUGGUCAUGAUGGGAAAGGCAUUGAUGGCUAUCUCAACGACUUAUGGAGUGUUGAUUUUUCUGAAGUCACAGAAAAUGAUUAUCUGAUUUCAACACUGAGUUUGCUCAUUUUUGUUGGCCUUGGAACCUUUUCCUUAGUUAUGGUGCUGAUCAUUUUGUUGUGCCUAAGACAACCUUUCUCUGCUACUGUCAGAAGGCUGAACAUGGGACAUUCUGCCAAAUAUAGUCGGUUGAUAAAUGAGGAAAGCAUGUUCUGAAUGUUGUUGCGAGAAACUGCUAAAUUGCCAAAUAUUGUCAGUUGAUAAACGAGGAAAGCAUGUUUUGAAUGUUGUUGCGAGAGACUGCUAAAUUGCCAAAUAUUGUCAGUUGAUAAACGAGGAAAGCAUGUUUUGAAUGUUGUUGCGAGAGACUGCUAAAUUGCCAAAUAUUGUCAGUUGAUAAACGAGGAAAGCAUGUUUUGAAUGUUGUUGCGAGAGACUGCUAAAUUGCCAAAUAUUGUCAGUUGAUAAACGAGGAAAGCAUGUUUUGAAUGUUGUUGCGAGAGACUGCUAAAUUGCCAAAUAUUGUCGGUUGAUAAACGAGGAAAGCAUGUUUUGAAUGUUGUUGCGAGAGACUGCUAAAUUGCCAAAUAUUGUCAGUUGAUAAACGAGGAAAGCAUGUUUUGAAUGUUGUUGCAAGAGACUGCUAAAUUGCCAAAUAUUGUCGGUUGAUAAACGAGGAAAGCAUGUUUUAAAUGUUGUUGCGAGAGACAGCUGAGUGAUACAAAAACAAAUAUGUUCUUGGUUGGAAAUGGGUGUUGUUGGAAAUGGUUAUUUGUUUGUCUUGAUAAGAGUUGUGCUUGUUAAAUGAUUUUUUAUACAUGUGUUCAAGCAGUUAGAUUGUCCAGUGUGCCAGAACAGAGUCUAGCUGGGAAAGUUGGGCUUAGUAGUACUUUUGUAUAUUUAUUCCCUUGUAAGGGAGUCAGUGCGUGGCUAUAGUGGGUAAAUUCCAGUGUUAGGCUAUUGUUGGUAAAGUCCUUUGCGAAUGUGAAUUUUGUUUAAAAAAAAAAGCUUAAUUCACACUAGGCUUCUAAAGAUUGUACUUUUUGUAGAUAAUGUAUUUCUAAGGUUUGUACUUUUUGUAGAUAAUGUAUUUGGUUGAAUAAAUAAAUAAGUUAAAUGCA